CAACUGCAGGCAAGAACAAAAACUACAAAGUGGUGGCCUGUGAUAGGGCGCGCGCGACUCACGGACUACACAUCCCAAGCGCCACGAGCCCCCGAAUGACAUGCGCGCUUCACUUUGCGAAGGCUUUUUAAAUUUUUCUCCCCCCCCGAGCAAAAUGGCUGCGCAGGUCGACCUGGCGCGCGUCAAAUGUGGAGGAAAAGUGGAAGAGAAGAGCAGGGACGGUGGAGACAAGGCGGCGGCCAGGGAGAAGAAGAAGAAGAAGAAGCGGGAGCGCUCGCCGUGCGGCGACAAGCAGGAGAGAGCGGAGAAGGAGGCGAAGAGAGUGAAGCUGCAUCACCAACAUAACCAGCAGCACCACCGACACCACCAUCAACAACAACACGCUGAACAACGGGCAGCUUUACCUCAGCAGCAGCAGCAGCAGCAGCAGCAGCAUCCACCACCACCACAGCCGCCGCCGCAGCCGCCGAACUCUCAGCCGCGCCACUUCGGCACCAAAGAGCGUCCGCUCGCGCAGUCACGGACCACGUCGGGCGAGAACCACCACGGCCCCAAGAAAGCAGCCGCUGCCGCUGCUGUCCCAUGGCCGCCGCGGAAGACUCCUCCAGCGUCCCGAGUUCCUCCGAAGGCGGCCGUGUCCGCUCUGCUGCAGCCCGCCCCGCUCUUCACCUUCACUCCGCUCACGGUCGCCAAGGCCGAGCCGCGCGAGCGCAAAGAGAAACGCAGCGAGAAGGACGCGAAAAUAAAGGCGAAGAAGGAAAACGCGGAGGCGAACGUGAAAGUCCCGGAAAACAAGAAAAAGAAAGAGAGCCACAAUGAGAACGGAAAAACUCAGACCCUGGAGGAGUACCUGCUUAAAAAGAAGAAGAAAAAGAAGAGACAUCGGGAAGAUGAGCGUGGCAAGCGAUUGCGGAUGUACAACAAGGAGGUGCAGACCAUGUGUGCUGGGUUGACAGGAGACUACCCCACCUCGUCAGACGAGCCGGCUAUACUUUCUUACAUCAAAGAUGAGAAGCUCUGUCAGACGAGCCCUGGCCUGGAAGAGUAUCGCACCCCCAAAGGGGUGCAGACGCCUUUUCUCUCGCACCAAGACCAUUUUAUUCGUAGCUCAUGCCUGCAGACGGGCUCUUGCUUUAGCAGGCUCAUACAUGAGGAGAGGCAGCCCAACGGAGGGGCGUCGGUGCUGCACGCUUAUGCCGACGAGAUCUCUUUUCUGCGCCCUGGAGACACUGAGAGGUUCGCCCGGGAGUUCCUCGAGUUGGCCUUCAGCGAAACAUCUAAGGGAGCAGCGCGCUAUGCGCUAUCUGUGAUACAUGGUGCUGCUGCCUACCUGCCGGAUUUCCUGGACUAUUUUGCCUUCAACUUUCCCAACACACCAGUCAAAAUGGAAAUCCUAGGCAAGAAGGACAUUGAGACUACUACCAUCGCUAACUUUCACUCCCAGGUGAGCCGAACAUACUGCUCGGGGACGUACAGGGCCGGCCCCAUGAGACAGAUCAGCCUGGUGGGGGCUGUGGACGAGGAAGUGGGUGAUUAUUUCCCUGAGUUCCUGGACAUGCUGGAAGAAUCGCCAUUCCUCAAGAUGACCUUGCCGUGGGGCAGUCUGUCCAGCCUGAAGUUGGACUGUCGUUCUCAAAGUGACGACGGGCCUAUCAUGUGGGUGAGACCAGGAGAGCAGAUGGUUCCCACAGCUGACAUGCCGAAGUCUCCGUUUAAAAGGCGCAGAUCCAUGAAUGAGAUCAAGAACCUACACUACUUGCCACGGACCAGCGAGCCACGGGAGGUUCUGUUUGAGGACAGGACAAGAGCCCAUGCAGACCAUGUAGGCCAGAGCUUCGACUGGCAGAGCACGGCUGCUGUGGGGGUCCUGAAGGCAGUGCAGUUUGGAGAGUGGAGUGACCGACCGAGGAUAACCAAAGACGUGAUCUGUUUUCAUGCCGAGGACUUCACUGACGUUGUGCAGAGGCUUCAACUUGACUUGUACGAGCCUCCUGUAUCACAGUGUGUCCAGUGGGUGGACGAUGCCAAACUGAACCAGCUGCGGCGAGAGGGCAUCCGCUACGUCCGCGUACAGCUGUGUGAUGACGACAUCUACUUCAUCCCCCGCAAUGUCAUCCACCAGUUCAAGACUGUGUCUGCUGUGUGCAGCCUGGCCUGGCACAUCCGCCUCCAGCAGUACCAACCUGAUGAUGAGGGCAAGGAAGUAGAGGCCAAGCCCAGUGAGCCAAAAUCCAAAUCUCCUCCAGCCGAGGCCAAAGCUCCAUCCUGUACCGCGGGGCUGCAGAAAAAAGAGUUAACAGCAAAUUUGGCAACCAAGUCCAACAAGCCUGCUUUCCAACGACCGGCCACACCUCCUAGAGAACCUACGCCAGUCCCUCCUCCACCGGCUCCUCCUCAGCCAGCCACGUCUGCUCACGCUCCCCCCAGCCCCGUGUGUUUGGACCGCACCCUUGGCUCCUGCUCCCUCGCCACCACUUCUCCAGAGCCAGCGCUUCCUCAGGCUUGCCUAGAACCCGGCCCAGAUGCCUCCCUCAAUAGCAGCGCCCAUUGCAGGCCCACAGAUCUCCCCGAAUAACCUGCCAACCAAACCCCUUCUUUCACAGGUGGGCUGAAAUUUAUUUAAUGAACUUGACUGACAUUCCAGUAAAGAAGUUGGACUGUCAAAAAAAGCAUAUUUGGACUUCCUGUAAACUUAUGAAGACUAUAUAUUUUUUUCCUUUGAAGGUUUUGGUUAAGAAAUAACCCCAUAAAUACUUUUUAGGUUUUUCUCAGCCAAAGUAUUUAAUUUUAAUAAUAUUUUUGCUGAUUUCUCAGUGUUUUAUAUUUGUUUAUAUCUGAAAUGGAGAUCUCUGAAGAGGAACUUUUCGUAUCGUUUCCCUAACUGUGCAUCAUGUGGAUCAGCUAAUUGGUUUUUACAAAAAAAAAAAAAAAGUGCCUGUCACAAGUGGAGAACAGCAAUCAUGUCUGAAAAGAAGAAAAUGGUCUUGUUCUUUUUCCCUGGUCGCUCUGUUUCAGUUAUAUUUAAGCUUAGGCUAGAGAACUGAUACCAGUUGAAAGUGAUUUGCUUUUUUCAUCAAUGAGCAGGAUUGGUUCUGAUUUUGUGUUGUGCUGUUUGGCUUGAUAAGAAAGCUAAUUAUUUUCAUGCUGUUUUCCAAAUGAGUAAUAAACAAGCAACUACUCUCAAAGAGAAA